AUGAACAAAAGAUUCGCAGAUUUAACAGCCUUAGUUACAACUGAGUGCUCUGUAUAUAUUUACCAAUUAGAGAUGCAUACGGAGUCUCCGCCUUCCAAUCUGCGGCGUGCUGCCUUCGACAAGCUUGCCCAGUUAGCCUCAAGAUAUCCGGAGAAUAAUAGCGGGGGCAUAUCGGACGUUGAUCGCCUAGGAAAGGCUUGCUGUCGUCCACAGUCGUCCUCAGGCGGGUUUUUCGAUGGAGCUUCCAAAGCUCAACCUCCUCUCUCGUCCACUCCGCUCACUAUUCGGGAACUGGACGUUCUGCUAGCACUUUGUAAAGCAGCCUCCAAGCCGUCAUCCCUGGAUCAAGCUACAAAUUUGGUCACCCAACUCGCCGGAUAUCUCCCCAAUUCGCACCUCCUUCCGCUUCAUCCAUCCCCGUUUCUUCAUCACAUUAAACCGUCUCCAUGGGAAGCGUUGACAUACAACCUUAGUGUUGCCUUAUUGUCGCUGGGGUCUAGGUUUCCGUGUUACCAGAGCGAGAUAAUCCAGAGCGUCGUCUCAUACCUCGAUAAUUGCCUCCACGGUACUGAAUCCCUACCCGCUUUGCGAAACCGCACGAAUGACGAACGGGAACUAGGAGACUCUCAGACUGUUGUGGAGGUGGCAUCAAUCACUGUGUCUCUUGUGGGAUUUUUGGAUGCGGCAUCCGUAUAUGCCAACUUUUGGACACCCGAAGAACGACUUGAGAUCAUUCGCCAGUUGCGCUUGAUACUUUCUGAACAGUUUUUGAUAACAGUUGAAACCGUUUCAUCGACUCUCCGUAACUCAGAAUUACCAGACCGUGUUCUGCUCGACUGGCGACGAUAUGCUCGACGCUAUGCGUCAAGAGGGCGCCCACUUGGCGCAAUGCUUCUGCAACAGGCAUUCAUGCGGUUUAUCAGAGCUUCGACCUCGCCCGCCCGUGCCGAUGGUCGAACUAUUUCUGAAAUAGACCUUCUGGAUGAAUAUAUUAGUAGAGCGGAGGUUACAAAGCAGAACCAGGCCGACCAACUCGUCCUCGUGCAACCACUAGCGGAAAUAAUCGCCGAACAGAUUCAUCAACUUGAGGAUGGAGCUGAUUAUCUACAACUUGGCUCCGCAUGGCAACAACGGCUCGCCUUCUCCGCGAAAUCGUUUGCCUUAGUUAGCUUCCUGAAUUGCGUCAUUAUUGAUGAGGACUCGACUGAUGCUGACCUCCUUUUUUCCUGGCUGGAGGACACGUUGCUGAACCCAGACCAGAUGGCUGAUGGGGAGCUAGCUGUAGUGGUUCUAAAAUCAAUAACUGUCCUAGCUAAGCUUUUUUCUUCGAUGGCUCUGAAUACAACCCGAUGUUUUCUCAAAUUUAUCGUGCACAACGGUCAAAGUGGCGGGACGGUUGUGGUCGCCGCCCGCUGCUUAGCAAAUACCCUCCGCCUUCUUUCACAGGACACAGUCAUUGGCACCUUGUAUUCCUUGGGGAACGUCCUGAGUUCUGGUCCAACAGCAGAGAAAACGUACCAACUUAUGGCAGACGGUAUCGUCACCAAUCCUCGAAGCUUGGUGCUGCCAUACCCUCAAACCUCGGACGGCAGCAUGAUAUCUCUUAACUUGAAUGAAGAUGCUGAAACUUCAACAACGUACCGAAACGUGGUGCACGCCAUAGUUACCAUCGCUACAAGCUGCAACGAUAGUAAGAUUGUGGCAUUGGCGCAGUCGAUGUUGUUGCAAAAGAUCGGGAAAAUUAAUGCCGUGGUCAAUGCCUGCAUCAUCGAGGAAACAGCGGCUCUUGCUCUCCAUAGUGAUGAACCAGAGUUCCAAUUGCUUCUCAAGUUUUAUUCCCGUUUCUACAGCGAAGCCCUUCUGCAAAAUAAUACUUUCAUUAUUGAUGCCGUUCACAAAGCAAGAAAUCAUCUAGCGGAGAAUUUGAAUCAAUAUUCUCACCACUAUCGGAUAUAUCUACUACAUCUUAUUGAAAGUAUCGUCAAUAAAGGCGAUGUAACUGACAGGAAGAAGGAUCGCCAGAAGGAAGUAGAGUUCUCUGCAGAAGAAAUUAUUCCCUUAGUUAAACCUCUUGCGAUGCUGUUUUCAAAACAUAAAUAUAACUGGGAGCUCCCCAGCGGUACCAGCGAACAUGAUAUACCCUCCCUGCUCCGUGAUGUGUGGUUUAAUAUUGCAGUCCAUGGUAUUUCCCUUCGUUCAGAAAUUGCCCAGCAAUAUUACCAGGAGCUCCGCAUACUUGCAGUUCACUCCCCGCCGCUGGUAGCAGAAAACCGUGUUGAGUUAUUGGAGAGCGAUAUUGAAUUAAACACUGUGCUGAGGCGUGGAGCAACUCAACAACACACCGCGGAUCAGCGCAAGAUACUUUCCACUGAGCUCCCAAAUUCGGAAUCUGAUAUCAGACGGUUGAGUUAUCCCAAGACGAUCUUUUUGAACGCGACCCUGCUGAUCGAGAGUCUUCGGGCGGCAUCUGGCGACUGCACCAAAAUCCUUACCUAUUUCCUUGACCCUGUCCUUAAUAGCACAGAUGUAGGCAGUUGCAUGAACGCCAUCGCGGACAAAAUCGUCUCUAUUUACCUUGAGAAAUCUCUCUCAGGGCGUUUAACGAAGUUUUCGGCCCCGUACAUUUCCGCUCAACUAGCAGAUACCUUUAUCGCCUGCUGCCAUCGAAUUGAUAAAGUACAACAGGUUGCGGCAACCAAUGCCAACAAGAUCAUAGGUCACUGUCCCUCUUCGCUCUGCGAGAAGAAAUCGCUUUUUGUUCUCUUGGAUUUGUUAACCGUUAUGUGGUCGUCUUGUUUGGAUGAGGAAUUAGAUGAGUUCGAGUGGAAGUCUACCUUCACGUCCGCAAGAGGGGUCGUAAAGAUUGAAUUAUCGGACAACUACGAAUUUAGAAAACGUACUUUCACCACGUUUUAUCAACUUGCACGAACAUGGGUAUCAACGGUUAUGAAUAUUGCUCCGCUGGAUGUUAAGGGAUUGCUUCAGACCUAUCUUUCGGACUACGAAGAUGACGGUGCCUAUGGACAUAUCUCUAUGGGGCGAUCCUUCGCUCUGGAAUUGGGUUCUUCCAUUCCCUCCAGCGACCAAAGAUUAGGCUCCAUUGAUUCUCAUAACAAUUCGAUUGUCAAUGUGGCAUCCGAUUUCAUUGCCCAGUAUACAACUCGCCAGGAGUAUCGCUAUUCCGAAGCACCGCCAUUAAACCACAAGGAUCGGGAACAUCCUAACGACCAAGUUUCCAAGGUCGACCUAACAUCUCCAAACUAUGUAAACACCGUAAAAAAAAACGAAACAUUGCUCCUCGAGUUAGAAUCUCGAAUUUCUCAGGGCCAAAAGAUCCCAUUAGAUAUUUGUCGGAACUUACUUCGAAGAGCUGCUGCAUUGAUUUGUAGCUCCAGCGGAGCACAAACCUCUAUUGUAUCACACCUUGUCAAUAUCCCAUUCCUGAUGUUUACAAGGGAGUCGAUAAAAAUGGGCAUUUCGCUCUGGUUGGGCGUGAUCCAUGAAAAUCCGCACACAGAACCAAGAAUUCUGACAGAGGUUGCGCAAGCAUGGGAACGAACAAUCCACAAGAAGAUGGGGAUAUUCAACCCGGAUUUUCAAUAUGUUGAUCCGUUUAUGUUAAAAACGGAAUUCUCUCCAUCGGACAAAUCUAUUAUCCUGAAACGGCAGAACAAAGCGCAAAAUAUCAUAUCCCCCCACUUCCGCAUCUUGCAAUUUUUCGAAAGCCAUUUCAACGCGACCAGACAAGGUAGUGUUCAUAUCGAACGUAUAUUUAGUCGUCUGGUAAGCGCCACUCUAGUGGGCCUACAGAGUACAAACGCCCACCCGCUUGCUAGGGAAAUCCAUUUCCACGUUGUUUUGUUUGGUUUGAAGGUCCUUCGAUAUUGCACAUCUCAAACGAAAGUUGCACUAUGGAAGUUGAAGGAUCAAAUUCUUUCUGCAGCUUUGACAUGGUUCAGCCAUCCACCUCGGUGGUCCCUCGGAGGAAACAGGCUGCAAAUGAAGGCUGAGGAUAAGGUGCUUAAGGACAUUGAAUCCCUUCUAGAAAGUACAGCGCGGAUAGCCACGGAUGCAUCGAGUACUAGAAGAUCUCUUCAAGCCAAACAAGAAUUAGUUCGAAUAUUAGUUGAAAACGAGCGAUAUCGUCUACGGGUAUGGCUUUCCCCACUGGAGCAUGAGAAGAGGCACUACAUUUCAGGCUCGGUGAAUAAAAUCGACCCCGAGGUUAUAUCUUCUCUGAUGCGGUUGGCAUGGGCUGAAAACCAUGGGUUGGCAAUGCAACUUGCCGCGCGGUUUCCAUUCCCAAAGCUCAAAAGCGACGUGCGCUGGCUAUUACUUAAUUUCCCCGAAAAGGCUAUCGAUGAUCCCGAUAGCCUGGAGAUACUGAUUGGCACUGAACUACCCCCUGAUGUGUCCUUCCAACUCAAGUAUCUGCUCUACUGGGCUCCCGUAAACCCCAUUGCGGCGGUAACGUAUUUCUUGCCGACGUAUGUCAACCAUCCCUUUAUCAUUCAAUAUGCCAUGAGGGCCUUAGAAAGCCACUCUGUGGAUGUUAGCUUUUUUUACAUUCCUCAGCUCGUCCAGGCCUUGCGACACGAUGCUUUGGGUUAUGUUGAGCGUUUCAUAUUCGAAGCCGCGCAGUUGUCACAGCAUUUUGCUCACCAAGUUAUCUGGAACAUGAAAGCCAAUUCUUAUAAGGACGAAGAUGCUCAGAUUCCCGAUCUUAUCAAGCCUGUCCUAGACAAGUUCUUAGAUAAGUUGAUAAGCCACUUCUCAGAAGAGGAUCGAAUCUUCUACGAAAAGGAAUUCUCUUUCUUCAAUGAAAUCACUGGCAUUUCCGGGAAGUUACGGCCUUAUAUAAAGCGCAGUAAGCCAGAGAAAAAGCAAAAAAUCGAAGAGGAAUUGCGCCAGAUCCAGGUAGAAGUUGGAGUAUAUCUGCCGAGCAAUCCAGACGGUGUAGUUGUUGGGAUUGAUCGAAAGUCCGGAAAACCUUUGCAGAGCCAUGCAAAGGCCCCAUACAUGGCGACAUUCCGGAUCAAAAAGACCAAAAAGAAGGAGGAGAAUGGCAAUGGUAACGGGGUGACAAUGCCUAAAGCUAUCGCAGACGAUUCACAACGCAAAGCAAGUGUUGAUGAGUCGGCGUUGCAAAGUGCAGAUAGUCAGGAAGAAUCAGAGUCGACUUACGAAGUCUGGCAGUCAGCUAUCUUCAAGGUCGGUGACGACUGUCGCCAGGACGUGUUAGCACUACAGAUGAUCGCAGCUUUCCGCAGCAUUUUCACAACAGUUGGAUUAGAUGCGUUUGUUUACCCUUAUCGGGUAACAGCCACGGCACCCGGGUGCGGUGUAAUCGAUGUGCUACCCAAUUCGAUCUCACGAGAUAUGCUAGGUCGCGAAGCCGUCAAUGGUCUCUAUGAUUACUUUAUAUCCAAAUAUGGCGGAGAGCAGUCGACUCGUUUCCAAGAGGCAAGGAGCAAUUUCGUCAAAAGUAUGGCUGCAUACUCAGUCAUAUCAUACCUUCUACAAUUCAAGGAUCGUCACAAUGGAAACAUCAUGAUCGAUGACGCUGGUCAUAUCAUCCAUAUUGACUUUGGCUUCUGCUUCGAUAUUGCCCCUGGUGGCGUCCGGUUCGAACGCGCCCCAUUCAAGCUUACGUCGGAAAUGAUUGCUGUAAUGGGCGGGCAGAGUCCUCCCUCCAACUCAGGUGGCUCCUCAUCAGCUGGUGGUGGUGGGCUAUCCCUUAAUAGCCACCCAACAUAUUCGCAGUCAUACCGCUGGUUUGAGUCGCUGGUCAUCAAAGCAUUCCUCGCCUCAAGACCAUAUGCGACCAAGUUGUCACAUAUUGUGAUGCUGAUGCUUGACAGUGGCCUGCCGUGCUUUAAACCUGACACGAUGAAGAAUUUCCGUGACAGAUUCGUGCUGGAGAAGACAGAGCGUGAGGCUGCUGAGUAUAUGCGAGAGUUGGUGAAGAAGAGUUACAUGAGCAUGUCAACGAAGGGUUACGAUCAGUUCCAGCUGCUGACGAAUAACAUACCCUAUUAG